GGGGGGGGUUGGUUGUUUUUUUUCUGUUGUUGUUUAUUUUCAAGGUUUUAUUCCCACUCUUUAAACAAGAUUCACCCUCUGAACUGGAAUAUGGAAAAAUGUGGAAGGCAAACUGCUGAUGUAGUUUAAAAAGGAACUAAAUCUGAAGGGAUUUUCUUUCCCCCCAGGGUGGUGGAUGUAGGAAUGUUGCAUUUUUAGGUGUGUCUGACUGCCUGAGGAAAGGAAAUUUCACCUUCCAGCCUGGGGAUUCCUCCUGAUUUGGGUUGGAAUUCCUGCUCCCAGCCAGGAAUGACCCCUAAUUCCCAAGGAUUUCAGUGUUGGCUUGAGCAAACCGAAGAAUUUGGGCUUGAAAUUGAAUUUUAACUCCCAAGAGCGUUGGGGAAAACACCUGGAAAAAUGUUGAACUUCCACAAGAGCGAGCUCCAGGAGUUUUUAGGAGUAGAUCCCUGGGAAUCUCCAUGACCCGAAAUCUGAUUUUAAAGGUCCAAAAGUGAAUCUAACCCCGUGGAAAUGGAAGAAGGGGAGGGAACCCUGCACUUAAUUCCUGUUUUAUUCCCUUUGUCAAGCAGUCAAAAAAAAGAAAACAAACAGCAAACCCAAUCACUAACAUGAGAAUCCAACUUUUCCGCUCUUUAUUUUAGAUUUGGGAAAAUUUCCUGGCCAAAAAAAAAAAAAAACAAAUCCUGGGAAAAUUCACUAUAGUGUUUGUGUGAGUAAAAGGUUCCAACCAUUUCUUCUUAAGCUGUAAAGAACAAUUUCAUUCGGUUUUGUCCUCCCCAAAGAGUCAGAAACCCUUUGCACAGGAAUGUCAGAGGGGUAAAAUUGACUUUUAUUUGGAUUUCAGCUGGUUUGGUUGCAGGUUGUAUGGAAAAAGAACCCUAAAAAUCUGAUUUUUAUGAGAAUAUCCAAAAGAAAAUUGGGAUUCACAUGAAAAAAAUUAUUGAAUUAAAUCAAUUUUUGGUGGUAUCAGAAACCCCAAUCAGUUGCUGAAUUGGAUCCAAGGCAAGAUAAUGAUGGAUAAAUGGAUUAGGGACCAGCACAAACGGCAAAAUUGUAAUAUUUGAUGGAAAAACCAAGUAAUUCCUGACCCAAAUUCCCAAUCCGUGCAGCCACGCCGCUCCCAAAGCAAUCCCUGCUUCCCAAAGCUCGCUGCUCCUGCUUUUCCUUGGACCAGGGAUCGAGGCAUUCCCGAGGGAUGGAUGGAUGGGGAUGGAUGGGGAUGGAUGUGUUUGUCCCCUGGGCUGUCACCGUGUCCCCAAAUCCCCUCUCACCGCCUUCACCUCAUCCAAAAUCCCAGAAAUAAUCUCAUUUUCCCCGAGUGAGAGACUGACCUGCACUUCCAUGUGGGAAAUGGGCCAAAAUUCCUGAUUUUUUUUAUUUUUAUUUGCCGGUUUUCUCCUUGUUUUGCUGUCCUUCCCUCUUUUGGGGUGUGUAUAAACACGAUGGUGGGUUUAUACACACAAAUUUGGGGUGGGGGAGGUUUUGCUGCACAGGUCAUAAAGACGGGGGAAGGUUUUUGUGUUUUCUUAAUAGGUGAAGAAAUCUCAGAAGACCUGAAAUUGCAACUUACUGAAUUAAAAUAAUUAAAAAAAAAAUAAUUAAAAAAAAAAAAAAUUAGAAAUUUCCCCAGCUGUGGAAGAUGGAGCCUCAUUUUUGCAGCCACUUUGAAUCCUGAGUUCAUCUUUAAAACAAAAAAAGGCGCUGGGGCAUUUUUUUAAAAAUUUUUUGUUGUUUUUUUUUUAUGGUUCUUUUUGGUUUUGUUUUUUUAAUUUUUUUUUUUUGGAAGAGCUAAAAUAUCCCUGGCUGUCUCCAGCGUGCCACUUUUGCCAUGGACUCAAUUCCUCCAUUAGUUGUCAGAUUGUUCUGAGAGCGCCUCAGAGUUUGGAAUUGUUGGCUGAGAGGUUCCCUUGGAAUUGUCAGGAGGAAAAACAAAAAACACAAAAAAAAAAAAAGGAAAAAAUUCUUUCUGCCCCUUUGUUAUUCAUUGACGGAUCCCUUCGGCCUACAGGAGAGGGGAACCGCAUGGCUGGGAAGAUCAAAGCCUGUGCUCAGCCUGGCCAGGGUUACUUUUAAAAAGAAGCUGUCACUGCUAAGCCAGGAGAAGCCUUUGGAGUGAAGCCAAUUCUUGCCCAGGCUGGAGGAGAGCCCUGGCAGGGAGCAAACCCGGAGCUUUCCCAAGGAUUCCUGCAGCAUGUCCAACCAGGGAGACGACUGCUACUUCUACUUCUACUCCACCUGCAACAAGGGAGAUUCCUGUGCCUUCCGCCACUGCGAGGCCGCCCUGGGCAGCGAGACCGUGUGCACCCUGUGGCAGGAGGGCCGGUGCUUCAGGAAUGUCUGCAGGUUCAGGCACAUGGAAAUCGAUAAAAAGCGGAGUGAGAUCGCCUGUUACUGGGAGAACCAACCUGGAGGCUGCCAGAAGCACAACUGCGCUUUCCACCACACCAAGGGGCGCUACGUGGACGGGCUCUUCCUUCCCCCCAGCAAAACCACUCUUCCGAGCCCCCCUGAGGCUGCAGAGGACGAGGUGAAAAUGGUGCAGCUGCAGCAGAACAAACUCUCGGUCCAGUCCAACCCCUCCCCACAGCUCAGGGGGGUGAUGAAGGUGGAAAACUCAGAGAAUGUCCCCAGUCCCACCCAUCCCCCAGUGGUCAUCAAUGCUGCAGAUGAUGAUGAAGAUGAUGAUGACCAGCUUUCUGAAGAAGGAGAAGAAACCAAAACCCCAGUCCAGGCACCACCCACAGAAAGCCACAACGGGCUGAGGGUGAUUUCCACCAGGAAACCCAACCCCAGUGCAAAGCAAGAUGACAACUUAAAUUUCGGGAUAAAAACCUUGGAAGAGAUCAAACUGAAGAAACUCAAGGAAAAAGCCAAAAAACAAGAAGGUCCUUCAGGAGUGGCUGUGGAUCCCCUCCAAGCCCGGAGCAUUCCCGUGCCAGAGAAGGAAAACGUCCGGACCGUGCUGAGAACUGUGACCCUCUCCUCCAAGGAAGGGGAGGACCCCGUGAUCCAGCUGAACAUUCCUGACAGACUGGGAAAAAGGAAAACCCUCACAGCUGGGAAAACUUUCCUUCCCCUGAGGAGGAACGUUGCUGACAGGCUGGGGAGGAAGGCAGAGCUGCAGGGCAACGCUGACAAGGCCCCAAAGAGAGGCACAGUUCAAGUCCUGAAGUCUCUGAAGGAGAGGCUGGGGCUGCCCUCAGAGCAGAGCAGCACCGAGACAGACAAAGCUGCCAAGCCCAUCGAGGAGAUCCGGGUGAAAACCCUGGAGGAAAUCCGGCUGGAAAAAGCCAACCAGAGGCGAGGGGAGCCCCCAGCCAAAAUCUCAGGAGAAAGCAGGAAAACGGAAGAUUCGGGAGCGAGACCCUCCCCGGCCGCCCGCGCCAAAUCCCUGGCGGGAGCCCUGGCGGAAAAAAACCACAAAAGGUUGGGAGAGGAGAAGGAAAAACCCGAGGAAUUCCCCAGCAGGGCCAAAGCUGAGGCCGGUCCCAGGAAACAGAACAUUCCUGCUCCAGCAAUGCCGGGCAGGGCGCAGCCGGCGGAGCCGGGAAGAGCCAAAGGAACCGGAGAGGUUCGGAUCAAAACCUUGGAGGAGAUCAAGAGGGAGAAGGCGCUGAGGAUGCAGCAGGGCGGGGAGAACGGCCCGGCCCCUCCCGGCCAACCCCAGGCAGCCCUGAGGGGCAGGAAGCUGCUCCGGGUCACCAAGCUCGUAGCACCUGGAAGAGAAGAAAAAAUGAUUGUGGAGCUGAACAAACCUUCUCCCAAAGGGGUCUCUGCGCCUGCUGAGAACUCAGGGAAUUCUGGAAUUCAGGUGAAGAGCCUGGAGGAAAUCAUGUGGGAGAAACGUCAGCUGAAACAACGCCAGGAGGAGAAACUCCAGAAAGGAGCCGGGGCAAUUCCAGCUGAAAAACAGGAGAAAAACAAGGAGAAAACCCCGGGAUCUGGGAGCCCCGAGUCUGCUGUGGGAUCAGCUCAUCAGCUGGGCAGGAGGAAAGUGGGGAAAUCCCAGGAGGAUGCAGCGGGAAGCCCGGAGAAAGAUCCAGGGAAAAAGGGAGCUCAGCUGCCCGAGAGGAAAACCAGAACCAAAUCCAAGGUGUGCCUGAAGCCUCUGGAUGGCCCAGCCUCGGCCAGGCAGCCCCUGAAGAGGAAGAGCCCCGAGGGCCCGGCCGUGGUGGCCGUGCGGCCACUCGGUGCCACCAGCGCGGCCACCCCGGAGCCCUCAGCCCAGGUUGUUGUUCCCGCUUCUCCAGAGGACAGCCCGGGCUCCAAACCUCGGAGUGAGAAUUCCCAGAAGAGCCCCGAGCUGCAGGCUGGCAACCAGGGGGAAUCUCAGGCACAGUCGGAGGUGUCCGGAUCUUCCUCCUCCUUCUCCUCUUCCUCGCUGGAGGUGCCGGUGAAGCUGCGGCGCCUGAGCUCCGCCGGCGCCGCCAAACCCGCCCUGUCCAUGGAGGACGACUUCGAGAAGCUCAUCUGGGAGAUCUCCGGGGGAAAACUGGAAGCAGAAAUCGACCUGGAUCCAGGGAAGGAUGAGGAUGAUCUCCUGCUGGAACUCUCGGAGAUGAUUGACAGCUGAGAGGGGGAGUUUGGUUUUUUUGUUUUGUUUUUUUUUUUUUUAAAAAAGAAGCGGAAAAAAAACGCGACACCAAAAAAAAAAAUUCCUAAAAAAAAAAAAAAAAAAAGGCAAAAUUCCGCCCCCACCCUCGUCCCCCCAUAUCCUGUAAAUAUUGUUGGAUCUGUGGAGGGGAUCCUUUUUCCCAGCUGGAAGCACAGUUGGAUUGUUAGGAAUAGGCAGAGUCUGCACUCAGUUAUCCCGAAAUUCCGGGGAGUUUGUCCCGCACGGGACAGGACAAAGCACUUGGAAUUCCCUCGGGGUGGCGGGAGGACACGGAUCCCAUCUCCAGAGCCAUCCCAGCUCCCUCCUGGACAGUGAAUCCCAAAAAUGCUGGAGUUACUAUGUCAACUCUGGAACUGCCGGAUGGACGCUGCCUCUGGACUCGGAAUUGGGGGAAAUUGAGGAAAAACCACGAGAGGGAGCAGCCGAGUCGGGAUUUUGGACCAAACUCUGCCAGGACGAGAGCCUGACUCGGAAUGAGCCGGGGGCGGAUUUUUUUCAUGAUGGCACCGGGAUCCUGGGCUAGGCAGCCAAAAUUCCUCCUGGCUGCCUGCAGGAAUUUGGGAAAAGGAGGAUUGCUUCAAGUGCCUCUCGCUUCUGAGGAUCCCUCCCUGCCGAAGGACUGGAAUGAGCCUCCCACACACACGGCCGGGAUCAUUUUGGGAGGAAGGAAAAGCACUUGGAAUGUUCCUCCUUUGGCUGCUUCCCUCUUUUCCAGCCUCUUGGAGAUGGGAUUGGGUGGAAUCCCCGUGGUUUUUGGGGUUUUUGUUUUUUUUCUCCCUGUAAAUAUUUUAUUCUUCCAUUUUAUAUUUGUAUGAUUCUAUUUAAGGGAUUAAAGGUAGGCUGCUCA